AACAGAACUCAAUGACCGCACGAGCAUCUCCUACGACUUAAGAGCCCACCGAUUAGCCCGUCUCCUCACAUCCCUCGCCCUCACCCUCACCAGAGUCUUCCAUACCUUUACCAAAAAGUCAUGGCCGAACGUUUACGUGCGUCGCGGCUGUGGCUACUCCCCUUUUUGCGGCCGCGAUCAUAUUCUCCUAUACUCUUUACACUUCCCCGCGGCAUCACCGCCACCACCACGCCUCGGCCAUACAGCACAAAAGGAAGGGCACAGAAGAGACCUAAGCAGCUCAGCCCGAGGGCUUUACAGAGAGCCGAAGCGAGGCACAUUGAGUCCAACAUGUCUAUCUUGCUACCCGGCACAUUAGUUAGCCCUCCCAUCUGGCGAUAUCCAAAACAGCCAGACAAGUUCGUCAAAAUGUUAUGGGUUGUCUUUCGAUCAUAUACCCAAACCCUAUGGUCGACCUUGACCAUGAAAAUACUAUCGCAACCCACCAUAUUGCUCUCAAGACCACGCUUCAAGUUCCACAAAUCCGCCGCGGUGCCCACCGCCAAGGCGCUCCACGUACGGAUGUCUGAAGCCAUAGCCGCCGCCGAUAAGGAAAUCCUACGCGGCAUAUGCACGUCUGAAUUAUACCAAACCCUCGCUGCUACCAUCGACAGUCGGCCGAGGGGCACACGCACUGAAUGGCAACUCAUCCACUACGAUCAGAAGUGGCGCUACCCGCGGAUAGCCGACUGGAGAGUCGGCUACAAACCGCUCCAAAACGGUGAUAUGCAGCUGGUCAAGCAGGCCAUCGUUAGUAUUUCUAGUGUGCAACGCAUAGCGCGCUACGACGACACAAAGGGUGGUAUCAAAAUCGCCGGGAGCGACCGCUCCCGUCGCAUGGUGGAGCAUCUCGUCUUACAAGCCAAUAUGGACAAGUUGACAUAUGAGAGCGACCCCUGGAAGAUCUGGGGCACUUUGCCUGAGAUGAAUUAUGAAGAGAUUAUUGCAAAUAUAGAGAACGAACGCGCUCUCGCAAUACAGGCAGGCGGGGGAACGUAGCAACCCUGGAACCGAGGGAACAUUACAAAACACAUUGUGCUAUAGGCGUGUAACAAACCUGUAUAAAAUGGAUUAAAGACAACAAUACCACUUUGCUAAUACGCAAAUCUUAAUCGAGUCUCGGAUCAACAUCUUUCCAAGGAAAGCAUGCGCCACCGCAACCACAGAUAUUCAAAUAGGCCAGUCUGCAAACAGUGACACAAAUACUCGCAUGCUACUAUGGCA